AUGGAAGUCGAACGUGUGGCUGUUAUUGGUGCAGGCCCUUGUGGCCUGGGAGUCGCAAAGUAUCUUCUUGCGGAAAAAAAGUUCAAGACGAUCAUUAUGUUUGAACAGCGGGACCGACCGGGAGGUGUUUGGAAUUACACCAGCGACCACGGCAUCAACGAUGCAUCGGUGCUUUCUCAUUCUAAGCCAAGCCAGGAGCCUCAACAGUCCGUGGACGGGAUUUUUAUUUCCCCUGUAUAUGACUCUCUCGAAACGAAUAUUCCAAAAUCAAUGAUGCAGUUCAUCGAGACUCCGUUCCCUGCGAGAGCCGCGCUAUUUCCAACCCAUGUCGUCGUCAAAGACUAUCUCCACCAAUAUGCGGAGGAGUUAAAACCACUUAUACGUCUGCAAUCAUUGAUUUUGGAUGUCGUCCUAUCGAAAAAACACCCAAAUCCAGAAUGGACUGUGACGUGGUGCGAUUUGAAGACUGGCGAUACCUUGGUGGAACAGUUCGAUGCAGUUGUAGUCGCAAAUGGACAUCACAAUGACCCAUAUAUUCCUGAAAUCGCCGGCCUAGCUGAGUGGAAUCGAGCCUACCCAGGCUCCAUCAUACAUUCUUCCUCCUAUAGACGUCCCGAACCAUUUUCAAACAAGAAAGUUAUUGUCGUCGGUCACUCCGCCUCGGGAAUAGACAUCGCCAAUCAAAUUGCUCGUGUGUCAAAACACCCGCUGCUGAUUUCCGAACGGACAGCAACAUCGCUCUCCCCAGAACAAGCCGCCGUUGCCGACACCCUUCCGGAAAUCAGCCUCCUCAGUGCCGAAGAUGGUCGCGUACUGUUUGUCAAUGGUCACGAAGAACGAGAGGUCGAUCACAUAAUCUUCUGCACAGGCUAUCACUUCUCUAUUCCAUUCUUAUCGUCUCUCCAGCCACCUCUUGUCACGGAUGGUGUGCGCCCUCACCAUUUGUACCAGCACAUCUUCUACAGCAAAGAGCCCACCCUCGCUUUGAUAGGCUUCCCGCAACGGAUUGUUCCAUUCCCUUUCAGUCAGGCGCAAGGCGCAUGGCUCGCACGCGUUCUGUCGGGACGUGUAGCGCUACCUUCGGAGAUUGAAAUGGAGCGGUGGAUCGGGGAGUGGGCGGUUGAUCACGGCGAUGGACAUAGCUUCAAUAUCCUCGCAUUCCCGCUUGAUGCAAAUUAUAUCAACACCCUGUACGAGUUGAGUUCACGUGCGGAGCGGAAGGAGGGGCUGGAAAAUGGCGGCCAUGGUAGAAGACCGCCUUUCUGGGGCGAGAAAGAAAAGUGGACGCGGGCGAGAUUCCCAUUGAUCAAGAAUGCGGCGCAGGCACUUGGUGAUAGACGAACUGAGGUUACGACAGUAGAACAGCUUGGGUUUGAUUUUGACCGGGAGAUUGCUCCCAACGCCGAGGUUGGGAAUCCGCGUCUGUAG